AUGGAGGAGAAGGUUGCGAGGAAGAGAAAGGUGCCCCGGGACAACCAGGCAGACCAAGAGCUGAGGAUGGAGACCUGCAAGGACAAAUCCCCACGGCAGAACCUCAUGGCAGAGGCUGUUUUGAGUGGCUCCAUGGUGCAGGAAUCCAAUGGUGGGCAGAGCUUCAGCCAGAGCUCGGAGCUGGUGGUCCGUGAGCAGCUUCAUGAUGGGGAGAAGCCCUACAAGUGCCUGGAGUGUGGGAAGAGCUUCAGGCAGAGCUCCGACCUGAUCUGGCACCAGGUGAUCCACACCGAGGAAUGGCCCUAUGAGUGUGGGGAGUAUGGGAAGGGCUUCAGCUGCAGAUCCAACCUCAUCAUCCACCAACGCAUCCAUACUGGGGAGAGACCCUACGAGUGUCCUGAGUGUCAGAAGAGGUUUCACAGCAGCUCAGAUCUCCUCUGCCACCAGCGGAGUCACACAGAGGAGAGGCCAUUCCACUGCCCUGACUGCGGGAAGAGCUUUAAGUGCAACUCCCACCUCGUCAGGCACCGGUGCAUCCACACCGGGGAGAGGCCUUACGAGUGCCCCACAUGUGGGAAGAGGUUUCAGACCAGCUCCAAUCUCCUCCUGCAUGAGCGGAUUCCCACCGAGGAGAGGCCCUUCCGCUGCCCUGACUGUGGGAAGAGCUUUAAGUGCAGCUCCCACGUCAUCAGGCAUCGGCGCAUCCACACUGGGGAGAGGCCCUGCGAGUGUCCCUAG